UUCACUCUCCAGUAGCCCUACACUCACCGGAGGUGACAGGGUAAUUUAAAGUGACGGUAAUGUCUACUCAGUAAACGUGGAUGAUGCCUGUAGCCUAAUAGUAAUGUUUUCCCGUCACUUUAUUACGGCAAUUGUUGUAUCAUAUUUUCUUCUCAGAAGUGAGACAGAAGCCACGAGCCCUGUGAAUGUGAGCGUGGCUGUGGAUGCAGUGCCUGUGGCUGGACGCUCUGAGGUUCCCCUGGCGACCUGCACAGCUUCCACAGCGGAGUCUGCUGCUGAGGUGUCAUGGCAUUUGGGCACUUUCUCUGAUGCUGUGAGGAUAUCGACCAGCACAGUGAAACAUCUGAAUGGGACGUUUACUGUCAAAAGUAGUCUGAUUGCUACUCCUACUGUACAGAUGAAUCAACAGCUUGUCAAGUGUGCGAUCAGACAUGCAAUGAUGAAAGAGGAAGUGGAAAUUGAUCACAAGAUCACUGUGCACUAUCCACCUCAACUGGUGUUUGUGACACCUUUCAAAAAUCACUCUAAUGCUGAAGUAUAUCAGUGUGAGGCAGAUGCCAAUCCUGCAGCUACACACUUCAGCUGGCACAGCCACGAGCCCUGUGAAUGUGAGCUUGACUGUGGAUGCAGUGCCUGUGGCUGGACGCUCUGAGGUUCCCCUGGCGACCUGCACAGCUUCCACAGCGGAGCCUGCUGCUGAGGUGUCCUGGCAUUUGGGCACUUUCUCUAAUUCUGUGAGGAUAUCGACCAGCACAGUGAAACAUCUGAAUGGGACAUUUACUGUCAAAAGCAGUCUGAUUGCUACUCCUACUGUACAGAUGAAUCAACAGCUUGUCAAGUGUGUGAUCAGACAUGCCACGAUGAAAGAGGAAUUGAGAAUUGAUCACAAGAUCAAUGUGCACUAUCCACCUCAGCUGGUGUUUGUGACACCUUUCGAAAAUCACUCUAAUGCUGAAGUCUAUCAGUGUGAGGCAGAUGCCAAUCCUGCAGCUACACACUUCAGCUGGCACAGCAAACACCAGACUAUCCCUAAUGAUGUCAUUAAAAUAGAAGGGAACAAAAUCAUCUUCUUGGAAUUGACGUCUGACCUCAAUGGCAUGUAUAUCUGUAAAGCUUCAAACGAGUAUGGUACAGGAAUCGGCUCACUCUACUGGCAAAAAGGUGACAGUGGCUACCCCCUGAGACGCUGGCUCCUCACCCCAUUUUUAAACCCACAGAGCUCAGAGGAAACUCAUUAUAACGGGGUCCACUCUCAUGCCCGCACAGCUGUGGAGCGUGCCAUCGGCAUCCUGAAAUGCAGAUGCCGUGCUCUGGAUGCCUCGGAUGGCAGACUUUUAUACCAUCCAUCAAAAGUGUGCAAGAUUAUAAGGGCGUGUGGUGUUUUGCACAAUAUAGCACUGAGGAAUGGUAUUCCUCUCUCUCCUGAUCUCCCUCUUCCCCAGCAUUAUGGCCCCGAGCCACAGCCCCCUGGCCGACAAGAGGGAUAUCAACAAGGUGCAAGAAUCCAUGAGAACUCGAGGACUGCGUCAGUGAGUACCCGACCACUUUUGGAUGUGCCAGACGCAGAAGAUGCACCGCUUUGAGCCGGACGCUGUGCAUCUGCAUCUGAGAACCCCUCACACUGAACCUCCUGUUCACCCACAGCUUCAGACUCCAGAAG